AUGUCUAAUAUGUCAUUGCUAGACAAUGCGAUCGAGGCCGCCGGCGGCCUGGAAUAUUACAACUCCAUCAAAUCAAUUUCCAUCAAUGCCUCUCUUUUGGGAUCAAUAAUGGAGCAUAAAGGGUUGACUUCUCAAGUUCUCAAAUUUACUGUGGAUACAAAGGCACAGAAAGUCGAUUUUCAUAAAUUUGGCGAUUUAUUUAAGGGCAUAUAUACUCCUCACAAAACAGAAAUUUACUCUCAAAGUCCAAAGUCGCCGACCAGUAUCCUCUACAACCCUCGCCCACGCUACAUGGGAUGUGGUAGUGGAACUAGGGAGGAAUUACACUACCAAUUGUACUUCUAUGGCUAUGCAUUCUGGUACUACUUCAAUGUACCAUUUUGCCUCAAGCUUCCAGGAUUCUCUACGAAGGAACUAAGUCCGUGCUAUCGUGAUGCCGGAGAGGUAUGGAGAGUUCUGGAGAUUGUUUUCCCCGACGACUUUCACACGCAUACAAAAGUACAUCGCCAUUAUUAUGAUGAGGAGUUCAGACUGCGAAGAAUCGACUAUUCUGAUGACCUCCUAAAAUCGGGCCCCGUGGCCCAUUACUGCUAUGACCAUACAAAAGUUGGUAAUCUCCUCAUUCCCAGGUUUCGGUUGGCGAAUUAUGACUCUACAUGGUUUUCACACAACGAUGCGUUCAUGUUACUCAUAAGUUCGGUGGAAAUCCACACAAUGUCCGAUUGGGGUAAAUAA